AGGACAGUACUACAUCUCACGCGUUGCGGAAAUCAUUUUCGUUAAAGUUUUUAGCUUUAGUGUCUAUUUCAUAGAAGAAAUCACGACAAACUAAUAUUUUUUAGCUUUCUCAUUUGAUUCCUGAACAUAUCUACAAUUUCAUAAACAUUUCGGCGCGCGGCGAGGCGCGAUGUCGUCCUCUGAGGUCGACCUACGCGCCCUGGUGGAGGGGAGGUGCGCGCGCGCGCGCGAGGAGGACGGCCUGGCGAUCUACGCGCCGCGGACGAGGCUGCUUCGGCGCGACGAGGAGAGGCGGACGCAGGUGGCGGCUGUGGGCGAGUGGGCGGCCGGCGCGGUGCGGGCGGUCCUCCUGCUGGGCGAGACGGGCGCGGGUAAGACGCGCGCCCUCAACGCCAUGCUGAACGCGCUCUUCGGCGUGCGCUUCGGCGACUCCCUCCGCCUCGAGCUGCCGGACCAACUGGCUGACGAGGCGCCGCGCAGCCCCGUCCACAGCCAAACGGACUACAUCACCGCCUACUUGGUCUACGGCGGGGCCGGCGCGCCCUUCCGCCAGCACUACCUGCUCGUCGACACCCCUGGCUUCGGCGACACGCGCGGCGCCGAGCACCGGCGGUCCGUCACGGAGCGCCUGCGGGCGUUCCUGACGGAGGAGCCGAGCUUCGACAGCCUGCACUGCAUCGGCCUGGUGACCAAGGCCAACGAGAACCGCGUCUGCGGCGGCCAGAGGGAGGUCCUGGCCGCGUUCACGUCGCUCCUGGGCAGCGACGUGGCGGCCGUGACCCACCUGCUGGCCACUUUUGCCGUCGAUGACGCGCCCGUCGAGGAGGUCAUGAGGAGCGCUGGCCUCCAGUACAGCCACACGUUCCUGUUCGACAACUGGCCACUGUACACCGGCCAUGACACCGCCCUCUCGCCCGCGCGCAGGGCCAGCCUCGAGUUCCGCUGGGACAACAUGGCCGCCGAGUAUCGCAGGUUCUUCGCUGUCAUCGACAGCGCGCGGCCCGUGAGUCUCACGCUGACGAGGGACCUGCUGCGGGAGCGUAGGCAGCUCGAGGCGACGCUGGCGGCGCUCCGGACGCAGGUGCGUGUCGCGGCGCAGACUGCGUCCGCGCUGCGCGUCGAGCAUGAGGCCGUGAAGCAGGCCCUCCGCCUCGCGAGCCAGAUCGAGUGGAAGCGGGACGUCCACCGCGUCCUCAGAGAGACCUACAAGGUGAUGAAAGGCUACCACGCGCACAACUGCCCGCAGUGCGACCGCACGUGCGUGUUCCCGUGCGCGGAUCCGUCUAGCGUGGUCCGCGGCGCCGUGGGCGCGGGCGUGGGCGUAGCGGCAGGAGCAGCGGCGGGGGCCGUGGGCGGCAUCCCCGGCGCGGCCAUCGGCGCGGUGAUCGGCGGCGCCUCGCUUGGCACCGGCUCUUUUCUCUACAAGACGGACUCGUGCUCCGGGCGGCGGCGCGAGGGCGUGUGCGGCGAGGGUGGCUGCAUGCACGCCCUGGCCGCGCACUCCGUCGACACCUUUCGCAUCAUCCGCAGCACAGUGACGGACGAGGUCGUGGACUACCGGGCGAAGACGCGCCACGACGAGGCGGCGUCCAUGGCGGCGGCGGCGAAGGCGGCGGCGCACGGCCACGAGGAGGCGCUGGAGGAGUGUGACCAUCAGCUUGGAAGCCUCCUGCGGGGGCUGCGCCGCCACGCCCAGCGGGUGUGGGAGCUCAGCGCCGAGGCGGAGAAGCCGGGGCUGCCGACGCUGCUCGACCAGCUGAUCGUCGAAGCCCGCGAGAACGCAGAUGAGGUGCAGCUGCUGAAGGGGCUGAGGGAGGCGGCGGAGGCGGGAGACGGCAGGAACAAGUCCUUCACUGCGCUGCUGAGGACGGACGGCGACCAGGCGCCGGAGCUGCAGCAGGAGGAGGACGCGAGGUUGCUCGACCUGUAGCCACAGGCUGAGCAGGCGAGUAAGUAGAAGUACCUGCCUUCAUCAACACGAAAGACACAAAGCCAAUUCUCAGCUCUCUUUGCAAAGAUUUAUGAAUAAUGAUAAUAAAAUGCUUUGCUAAAACGGUGA